AUGGUUAAUUUAAAAGCUAUUCUCGACGAUAUCAAGAAGCUGUACGGCAAUAUCGAUAGUUUCCUCCAGACUGACCAGUUCGAUGAAACAGAUCCGUUCAAGUCCUACUACAAUUCAUGUGACUUGCUGAUUGAUAUGAAAAAUCAGUUGGAUAGCGAACUUGGCUCGAUACGCGACCAAGGAAAUGGUGCCGACGAAGCCGAGUUCCGUCUUAACACGCUAUUGGCAUGUGUGUGUCGGGACUUGGGGCGCAUCUAUAUCCAUAUCGGGUCGGACUCUGACGGGGAGCAGAUGUUGCAGCAGUGCAUUGACUUAAUCGAACCGCAAAAACUGACCGCCGAAGGCAUUAUCCCCUACAUAGGCGCCACCAUUGAACUAAGCAUUUCACGUGCCUUUCAAAAGGAGUUCGAAUGCGCCAUCAAGUUGCUUCUGAAGGCAGUCGAUGGUUACAAGAUGUUCCAGUUGAACGGGAAUCUGGCUAUGGACAUUGCCGAUCUGUACAACCCCCCAAAAUUGGAGGUGCUUGCGGUUGGUCCGGCCGAACUGAAUAACCUCCACAUAAUGGCCUUCUAUUAUUUGGGUCAGAUAUACAAUGAAAUGGGACAGUUGGAGAAGGCCUCCGAGUUCUGCCAUGAAACGCUUAAUCUGCAUCGCAAAUUCAAGUUGUACGAUUCACUCGAAUUUAGCCUAAACGCAACCACACUUUCGUAUUACUACGUCGAAAAGGAGCGCUUCAAGGUGGCACGCACUCUUCUCGCCGUCGGAAUCGUGACAUUGGAGCAGCUGAAGCUUCAGUUGGCGAAGCCCCCCAUGCCGAUGAAGCUGGGUGGUAAUAAACCAGAAACGUACAAGAGUUAUUAUGCCAAGAUAGCGCGCUGUUGGGCCCUUUACGGUCUGAAGCUCCUCAACUCAUCCAAGCUACGUUUGCUAGACAAUGAUACCGAUGAUUCUGACGAUUCGGACAUGCAAGCAAUUGUCAGCGCCACAAAACAUUUGCAGCUGACAAUAUCGGAUGAGGACCAUAUCUUUUCGCACCUUGACUUAUCAGUCUAUGAGAAUUCUAUUUCUUGCAAUUAUUGCCUGAGCUUCGAUGAUGCCAAGCUCGUAUUUGAUUUUGCUACGAAAUGGUUGGAACGAGCCAAAGACCACUUCAAAAGUAAGUCCGAUAAGACUGAUUAUCUGGAAUUAAUACUGGAUUAUGCUGAGGGCUGUAAGAACAUUGCCUAUUUCGAUGAGAAUACCGAGACUCAGAUCCAAAUGGGAAUGCGCGGUGUCCAGUAUAUUGAAGAUGUGCUCGAAAUGCUGGACCCUCAGUUGUGUUUGAAGUUCUGCCGCAUUUGCUGGUAUGAAGCCGGCUUACUAUACUCCACUCUCUUGGACGAUCAUCUGCAUAACAUGGAUCCCAUCAGCAACAAUCCAUCGCCGGACGAAAUCAAGAACGUGAAUGAGAGCUGCUUGAACGGCAUCAAGCACUUGGAGGCCUUCAUCAAGUCCUAUAAGGAAGCACCCGAACUAGACGCAAAGUGGUUCGAAGACAUGGACCUCGAGGGGGAACACAAUAUGCUCUAUGCACACUUAUAUCUUGGGCGUUUCUACUCAAAAUUAAUUUGUAACGACCGCAAAAAAGAGCUGGAGAACAUUCAGACCAGCCAGAAGCUAUAUCAGCGCUUUACUCAUGAAAUCAACAAACGUCCGGCUGUGGCUGAAAUUCUAAGGCCCGAGAUGGGCGUGGCGCGAGAGAUGUUGCAAUUGCUGCAGCUGAAGAUUCAGAUUUUGAGCUUGUACUUGAGGGCGCUGGACGGUGCUCAUUCAUCAAACGCCUAG